AUGUCGAAUUCCCCAGUUAUGAAUCAGAUUGUUGUCAGUCGAGUGUAUUCAAAUGGCCUGUUAGAAUUCGUCAAACAAGUGAAUACAAAUGGGAGAGGCACCAAUGUAACAACACCUGAUUCACUACAGUCUCAAGGAUCAAUUCGAGUUUUUGGAAGGCAUUUGUUUGUUGUAAACCCCGGUUCUGGAACACUUUCACUAUUUAGCAUCGAGGAAUCGGAUGGCACAGAAAUUCAACUUGUUUCAGUUGAAUCAACAAACGGUGAUUUUCCUAUGUCUGUUAUUGUUAAUGACAUGUAUGCAUGUGUUUUGAACGGAGGUGUGAUAAAUGGGUUUCGCUGUUUUUCGUAUAAGUCUAAUAAACUAAUUGCUAUUCUAUCUUUCGAUCGAAGUCUAACGUCGUUUGUAACACAGACAGAUCCUCCAAUUAUUUUCAAUAGUUUGAGUCAAAUAGGAUUCUCCGCUGACAAUUUAGCUAUACUUAUCCUUGCAAAGGGAGAUAUUGCCGGAAAUAUUGGAUUUUUAUUGACCUAUCCUAUUGAUAGGCACGGUGCUCUCGCUUUGAACCCACUUGAGACAACAACGCAAGAUACACUAUUCCCAUUUGCAAUGUUACUUGUCGGGCACAAUAGUCUAUUUAUAGUUGGUGUUAUUCUUCUUCGACUGGUAUCAUAA